AUGAAUCCUGUCAAUGAAGAAGUAAUCGAUUUAAAAUGCUUCCAUUGGGAUAUUGACAAUUGGAGCACGUUGCCCAAUCGUGUUCAAGGACCCGUCUUUGAGGCCGGUGGUCAUAAAUGGAAUAUCCUGUUAUUUCCCAGAGGAAACAAUCAAGCGGACUGCACUUCCAUCUAUCUUGAAUUCAGCGAAGCAAAGUCUGGAUCCCCGAAGAUUUAUUCUUGCGCUCAAUUUGUCAUUUGUGUCUCGCCACCAUCCAAUCCCACACAGUAUAUUAGCCAUGCUGCUCAACAUCGAUUCGACGCCGAUGAGUCUGACUGGGGUUUUACGCGUUUCAUUGACGUUAACCAAUUGUGCAAUGCCGAUGCUGGCGGCAGACCACCAUUUUUGGAAAAUGAUAGCUUGAGAAUUACUGCAAUCAUCCGUGUACUCAAGGAUUCUACCGGUGUUUUGUGGCACAAUUUUGUACAUUAUGAUUCCAAAGAAACCACAGGUUAUGUCGGUCUCAAAAAUCAGGGUGCCACAUGCUAUAUGAACUCGUUGUUCCAAUCUCUGUACUGUACCAACUACUUCCGAAAGGCCGUGUAUCAGAUCCCAACAGAGAAUGAUGAACCAACAAAGAGUGUAGCGCUUGCCCUCCAGCGAGUCUUUUAUAAUCUGCAGUUCCAGAAUACAGCUGUUGGUACAACUGAGUUGACAAAGUCGUUUGGUUGGGACUCGCUCGAAGCGUUCAUGCAACAUGAUGUGCAAGAAUUCAAUCGUGUGUUGCAGGAUAAUCUUGAAGCAAAGAUGAAAGGUACGCCUGCAGAUGGUGCCAUCAAAAAGUUAUUCGUUGGAAAAAUGAAGAGUUAUAUCAAAUGUAUCAAUGUCGAUUAUGAAUCAUCGAGAUCGGAAGAUUAUUAUGAUAUUCAGCUGAAUGUCAAGGGUUGCAAGAAUCUCGAAGACUCGUUCAAAGACUACAUUCAGGAAGAGACCUUGGAGGGAGAUAACAAAUAUAUGGCUGAAGGCCAUGGUCUUCAAGAUGCAAAGAAAGGUGUCAUUUUUGAGAAUUUUCCUCCCGUGCUUCACUUGCAAUUGAAGCGCUUUGAGUACGACAUCAUGCGAGACACGAUGGUCAAGAUCAAUGAUCGACACGAGUUCCCCACCGAGAUUGAUCUCGAACCUUAUUUGGAUGCGGAAGCUGAUCGAUCACAGUCUCACAAAUACGUUCUUCACGGCGUGCUUGUGCAUAGCGGUGAUUUAAGUGGUGGUCAUUACUUUGCGUUUGUCAAGCCAACCAAGGAUGGAAAAUGGUUGAAAUUCGAUGAUGAUCGCGUCGUUCCCGCCAAGUUGGAAGAAGUGUUAGAAGAAAAUUUCGGCGGCGAGCAAUUUGGCAUGACCGGUCGACCUAACAUGCGCGUGUACAAACGAUUCACGAACGCUUAUAUGUUGGUGUACAUUCGUGAAUCCAUGAUCGAUGAAAUUCUCGGUGACGUUACGAAAGAUGAUAUUCCUGACCACUUGAAGAAACGCUUGGAAGAAGAAGAAAGAUUGCUGGAAGAAAGACGCAGAGAAAAGGAACAGCAACACCUGUUCAUGAGAGUCAUGAUUGCUACCGACAAUACUUUCAAGGCGAACGAAGGAUUUGAUUUUGCUUGCUUUGAUGAGCGCAACCCUCAGUAUGCCAUGGAAACCUUGCGUAUUCGAAAGGAUCAGACGUAUACGGCAUUCAAAAAGGACCUUGGUGAACGGUUGAGCAUUCCCGCUGAUCAUUUCCGAUUAUGGUUCUUGGUGAAUCGUCAAAAUCGAACCAUUCGCCCAGAUUCACCUAUCCCUGAAGAAGAAGCAAAUUCUACUUUGGAACUCAUUCGUCAGAGAUAUCUCACCAACCAGCCGCAUUUACGCUUAUACGUGGAAACAGCCACUCAGUUUGAUGAAAGCGGCAAUGCCGUUUUCCCCGCACCACCAUCCCCUACAGCAUCCAAGGUGCUAGUUUUUAUCAAGCUCUUUGACCCCCGAACCCAACAAAUUCGUGGUAUUGGAAGGCUCUACGUUUCCAAGAAUGGUAAAGUGGGUUCCAUCAUUGAGGAUCUGAAUAAAUUGGCUGGAUUCGAACCCGGUACAUCCAUCACUUUGUACGAGGAAAUCAAACCCACGAUGAUUGAAGAAAUGGAUUUGAACUUCACCUUUAUGCUUGCUGAAAUUCAGGACGGUGAUAUCAUCUGCGUGCAACCCAAACUUACGGAAGAAGAGAUGGCCGAAUUGAAAGCCAAGGACUACUGUCUUACUGUGCCCAGCUUUUUGGAAUAUCAGCGUAACAUCGUACAUAUUACUUUCUCGCCCAAGGUCUACAAUCCCGAUGUGGAAUUCACACUUGUCCUUCAGCGAAAUAUGACGUACGACGAAGUCGCGGCUAAAGUAGCGAAAAAACUGGAUGCGGAUCCUGACAAGCUUCAAUUCUUUACAUCGGAUCCCUUUGACGAGCCCAAAAACACGGUUCGCCGAAGCUCCACGAUGACUUUGAGUGAUAUGUACCAAAUGACGUUGCAACCUAAUACCAUCAAAGCCAAAUUAUUGUAUGAUGUAUUGGAUAUCAGUCUUGCGGAACUAGAGUCCAAGAAAUUGGUCAAAGUCACCGUUUGCUCCCCCACACUGAACGAUACAACCACUAUGGAAUUGUUGCUUCCCAAACAAAGUCGAAUGUCCGAUCUUCUCAAGGCACUGGAUGCACGAGGGGCCAACUUUAAGACAACCGACGCGACAAGAAACGUUCGACUAUUUGAAGCCAUGAACAAUCGCUUCAACACUGAAUUCAAAACUUCUGAUCCGAUAUCACAGAUCUCUGACAGCCCAUUUGCACAGUUGUAUGCAGAGGAAAUCCCAGAAGAAGAAAUGACAAUGGGUGACGACGACUUUUAUAUUCGAGUAUUCCAUUUCCAGAGAGAGGUGGCCCGUUCACAUUCAGUACCUUUCAAAUUCAUGGUGAAAAAGGACGAACCUUUUGAAGAUACAAAGAAACGUCUGCAAGAAAGAACAGGCCUAAAUGAUAAGGAUUGGAGCAAAGUGCGGUUCAACAUUGUCUCCACUUAUUCAGCAGCGCCUAUUGAUGAAGAAGAUAACUUUAAGCUGAGCGAUCAUCAAUUCCGAGUGGAGGAUUCUUUAGGUUUGGAACAUAUUGAUAAAAAAGGACAAGCGAAUCGAAUCGGCGCAGAACGAGGACUCUUUAUCAGAGGCUGA